GAAAGGAAGAACGCUGUAUUAUGUAUUAAAAAAAAAGUUUAGUUGGAACUCGAACAGAGUUCCACCUACCGUCCUUCAAAGAUGGAUGAAAAACAAACCGAUGGAAAUAAUGCUUCCAUAUUUGCUGUAGAACCUAAAGACUAUGUCAUUCCAUUGGAAUUGGAUGUGAAACAUACCCCCUUGACGCACGAUAAUUACAAGGUUUACAAUAUUGGACGUGCUGAGGUAUACGUUGAAUUACUGCAAGGAACGUGCAGUAAAUGGCAAAAAAUUAUCGACGAAAUUACUAUUAAGCCGGGGCAAACAGUAAUAUUUGACAAUGUGGGAAGUAUGUUUAGAGUGUCUGGAUUAAAAAUUUCUAAUAAAACUGACCUACGAGCAGUGGUCUAUUGUGUACAUGCCGAUUGUAACUUUCGAGGGUUAGAACUAAAUGUACCAAGUAAGAUUGACAGAGAUUACAGGGAAACGUAUUCUAUAGGCGUUAGAUAUAUUCCAUACGUCAGUAAAAAAUACCAAGGAUUGUAUGAUGUGUUUUGGCCGUCGAAUAAAUUGAAUGUAUGGGAGCAAAUUUUGUUAAAAUUACAGCCGCUACUGAAGAACGAAGUACUUCAAACCAUAUCUGUCACCGUUAAGGAACUUAUGAAAAAUAUUCAACAGAAAUUACAUACUCUUUCAAUAGUUUUUGAUAAAGGACUGCCUAUUUUUGAUAUUUAUAUGGAAAUUACAGAAGACUUGCGCGAAUUUGAGAAAAGAGUAAUCAAACAAAAUUGUCAUAUUAAGUGCAACACAUCCAACAUGCUUCUACUACCUUUAUUUUCUAAUUUUACUCUGUUUAAGACAACCUUUUACACGUUAGGCAUUAUAACUUCUUCAGAUAUUGGAUUUUCUCCUAAUGAUAUAUCCCAAAUCGAAAAUUAUCUUAAGGCAACUAAGGAAGCAACCAAAUACAUAACUAGUUUAUUAGAUAACUGUUUAGAUGAUGUUUAUGGCAACUCAUUUCAAGAAAAUUUGUACAACUCCAUGAUGAACGUUCGCAGUUACAUUAAUAUCCACGGCACCGAAUAUACGAGGACAUGGGAUAGCAUGGUACGAAGUCCAUAUACAGGCGGAAAUGUUUUUUACGAUGUGAUUUCUUAUUCCAAUUUCUUUGGCAGGCAGACUCCAAACCUUAUCAGAGAAGCUACUGUCAAGGAAAUGUACCCGCCAUUAACCCCAUAUUAUCUGGGAUUUAUUUAUAAUUACCUGACUUCCAUUGAAGUGCAUUUAUGGGUAAAUCGUUCAUUUCCAGACUUAUCAAAAAUCGGUGGCAUGAACCUUGUUUUCGCUGACCAUUCUAGCUAUUUUAUGGGAACCAAGACUGAACUAAUAGAGCGAGUAGAUUUUAUGGAAGCUUAUAUUACCAAGCUGCAAGUUACUGGAACUGGCGCGAUUGACUCUUGUACUUUCCACAUGAGCGAUGGGAGGGCGCUGUUUUUUGGAACGAGAGAAAACGAUUCAGAAGAGGAAACUUUCGAACUGAAGGACCAUCGAAUUGUUUCUAUAUUUUUAUCCAGCGACGACGACUCUCUUGAGGGGCAAGCUGCGAAUAUCGCUGUUUCUUAUCGUUUAAACAGUAUAUGGGAAUGAAUAACUGAUUAUCACUUAUCGGAGAGCUAUUUUAA